AUGUCGAUCGACAUCCACUGGGACACGCUCAUCGGUGGCCCUGACGGGCAGGCUUCAGCCGAGGCGGUGCGCAGCUUCAUCCACGAACGCUUUCAGCAGGUCACCCUCCCGCGCUUCAUCCGCUCCGUCAAGGUCCACUCGUUCGACUUCGGCAGCGUUGCGCCGGAGAUUGAGAUAAAGGACAUCUGCGACCCAUUGCCUGACUUCUACGAGGAGGAGGAGGAGGAGGAGGACGAGGACAACGACGACGAAGACGACGGCGGCGACGACGACGAUGUCGCGCCCGACAAUGGCACCACCGACCCCCCCAUGACCGAGGCGGCGGGCGGCGACGCGGCAAAAGCGUUGCGGGAGCGCAAGCAGCGGCCGAGGGACGAGAAGGCCCAAGACGAACCGCGAUGGAACCAUGCGCGCCCGCCACCCGUGGAUCCGCGCCUCACGGGGCUACGCAGUGGACUGGCCCUCGGCGAGCAACUGGGCAACUCGCUCUCCCGGGAGCCCACACCUGGCAUUCCGGGUGGCACUUCGAACAUGAGCUACUUCCACCUCCCUCUCGGUGCCGGUCUCUCAGGUACCACUACCCCCUUCGCCGCCGUUGCCGGUGCACAGUUUCAGAACGGAUGGCAUGACUAUCAUCAUGCGGACAGACCGCAUACACCGCGCGACCACUCGGCAUCAAUUAGCUCCAAUACGCCAUCGACGGCGGAUCUGGAUUCGCGCCCGCAAAGUCAGCACGACCGCAAGUCUAGCUCCGACGUCAACGAACACCCAAAGCAGCGGCGCGACAGUGACAAGUCGUCUCCGUCACCAACGACGCGCUUGCAAGAGGCUAGCCCGGAAGAUCUCCAGGUCGUUGCGCAUGUGCGUUACUCAGGCGACAUCAAAAUGGUGCUCACUGCGGAAAUCCUGCUUGACUACCCCAUGCCAAGCUUUGUCGGCAUACCACUCAAGCUCACCGUCACCGGCCUGACGUUUGACGGAGUCGCGAUCCUGGCCUACAUCAAGAAGCGAGCGCACUUCUGCUUCUUAUCUCCCGAAGAUGCAGAGGCCCUGAUUGGUGCAGAGGCUAAGCAGGACAGCCUGGCUGACGAUCAUGCAUCGGCCAAUCAACGCGCGCAGCGGACGGCACCCGGCGGGCUUUUCGAAGAGAUCAAAGUAGAAAGCGAAAUAGGCCAGAAAGAGCAAGGAAAGCAGGUGCUCAAGAACGUGGGCAAAGUCGAGAAGUUCAUCUUGGACCAAGUGCGUCGCAUCUUCGAGGAUGAAUUUGUCUACCCAAGCUUUUGGACGUUCCUUGUCUGA